UUCUGCACGAAUUUUUGCCAUGCUGACAACGUGCUUGCUGCGAGUUUUCCUGAUGUCGUAAUAAACGUGAUACUAAUUUCACAUGGGUUCUCCUUGAAUCGGGAUGCCUCCUGAAUUUCUCUAGUAUACCCCUUACUCUUCGUCUCCCCAUUCGAUCAACGAAUAGAAGAAUGGAUUUUGGUGAUAACGAGCGUUCCAGUCCGCAGUCCAAUCAUCAUCAUCUGCUGGCGUUGCCCGACGACGACGAGGACGACGGGACGUCUGCGGACCCGUCCUUCUCCUUCUCCAUGGCCCCCUUAACGUCUGUUCCCACAGAAACCGAGCCACGACCCUCACGCACCGUUUCGGGCAGUCAGGACCUGUAUGCUCAAAAUGCCCACACCUGGAUUCUCUUUCAAGAUGCUGCGGCCAGCACUUCCAAAUUGUACCAAGCCCGCUCUUCCGGACAGGACGGACACUGGCAUAAUUUCCAGAAUGCAGCCCGCUCCAUUUCAUUGCUGUAUAAAGAGAGUCUGGAUCUGCAGCAGCGUUCCUAUGAUAGCGGCUACCGAGCCGGCGUGGAGAAGGCCUACGGCGCUGUGAUGGAGUGGCUGGUGCAGGAUCCGCGUUACCAUUCACGCAAGAACAUCCGCACGGAUGAUCUGAUCAACUUCAUCUAUUCCCCAAAGAAUCCCGCGGCCUUAAACAUCAAACUACGUCCCACCAAGGCCAUGGAGCGCAGUCUGGCCGGCAACGACGCCCAUCUCACCACCGACCACCAGCUGGGUGAUCUGCAGACCUUCCAGGAUGCGCUGCAUGUCUCCAGUUUGAACGUGGCCAUGUCGCACUUCAGCGUCAACCGGUCGCCACCGCGCAGCUCUCCGCCGCGUGGCCGUCCCGUGGAUCUGCACGCCUUCGUCACGGAGGAGAUCCGGCGUCAUAAGCGCAGCAGCGGCAGCGCCUUCGACCUGGACGACGACGAGGACAGUCUGCCGCCGGCCGCCUUCAAACGCUCCCGCUACACACCGCCGAAAUAACACACACACAGCCGACGCGACCCAGACGCGCGCAUGUGUGUUGUAUCCUGUGUGUAAACAAAUCCAGAGCUGUACAGUAACCCUACAAAGUCUUUUCUAUGGAUGACCGUCUUCUGUUGCAUGCUGUGGCUUUAUUACUGAGGCGCUUCCGUAUUGCAUGUGUCGUUGCUCGUUUGUCGGUAGUUGGAUUAAAUGGAGAAAGGAAGAGAGCAAAUAUUGUGUUUACAGUUGUUUUUUUCUCUGUUUGUAGCGGGCACCUGUGACUGCUGUGCUGUGCAGAGUUGGUUGACGUAUAUUGUUUUUCUUUUUUUUAUAAACAAGAUCGCUGUAAAUGAACUCUUAUUUUAGAGCACUUUUGCUUGGCGUUGGCAUUAAACACUUCUAACCGGAA